AUGGACAAAGGCAAAGAAAAGGAAUUUAUCAUUGAUUUGAACGAUGAAGACUUUGAUUACCAAUAUGAUAGCAUUGUUAAAACUGACUCUGAUGAAGAGGCCAUUCUAGUUUCGGACAAGAUUUUUAAUGAUUUAACUGUUGAAGAUAUAUGGAAGAUGGAGUUUAGCUCAGUAGAGGAGGCAGAAGAAUUUUAUAAUUUAUUUGCUAAAGUUACCGGAUUCAGUGUUAGAAAGGAUGAUGUGAAACGAGAUAAAAAUCAAAAUAUAGUAUCUCGUAGGUGGGUUUGUUCGAAAGAAGGAUAUCGACAUAGAGUGUGUUUAGAGAAUGAAAAUCGAAAACAAGAACCUAAGGCAGUAACUCGAGUUGGUUGUGAGGCAACAUUUCGGAUUGGGUUUAACAAACAAAUGAACAAGUGGGUUGUGAAAGAGUUUAUGGCUGAUCAUAAUCAUCCUUUGGUGGAACAAAAAAAUGUCCAAUUCCUUCAAUCCCAUAGGGUCAUUAAAAAUGCAGAUAAAACUCAAUUGAAUGCAAUGCGAGGUGUUGGCAUAGGAACUAGCCAAAUUAUGGAUUACAUGGUGCAGCAAUCAGGUGGAUAUAACAAUGUUGGCUUCACAAAAAAAGAUCUAUAUAACCAUGUUGAUGCUGAUAGUAGAGUUCAUCUAAGAGAUGGUGAUGCAGAGGGUGCUUUGGCUUAUUUGUGUGGAAAGUCUGAAAUGGAUCCAUCAUUUUAUUACAAGUACAAUGUUGAUAUUUCCAUCAAGAGGAUAUUUCCAGACUCUUAUCAUCGAUUAUGUGCUUGGCAUAUUCAACGCAAUGCAUUCACUAAUGUCCAUGUCAAAGAUUUUACUAAUCAUUUUUCUAAGUGCAUGUUCAUGGAAGGCACCGUUGAAGAAUUUGAAUGUGCAUGGAAUGACAUGUUGGAAAUGUUUAAUCUUCAUGGACAUAAGUGGGUGACAGAUAUAUAUGCUAAGCGUUCUAGAUGGGCAGAGGCUUAUUUAAGGGGGCAUUUCUUUGCUGGUAUGAAAAGCACACAAAGGUGUGAGAGCAUGAAUGCAUACUUGAAUCGUUUCCUUAAAACUCGUUUGAAGCUGUUUGAGUUUGUCAAGCAUUUUGAUAGAACACUCUCACGUAUUCGUCAUAAUGAGGCAAAGGCAGAGUUUGAGACACACCAUUCUUCAGCUGUUCUAACAACCAAACUCUAUGCACUUGAGAAAUAUGCAGGGACUGUUUUCACAAGGCAAUCUUUUCUAAAAUUUAGGGAUGAGAUGAAGAAUGCAGAAUUGUUUUUCUCUGUCAGUACAGAAAAUCAUGGAGGUUAUCGUGUCCAUACAUUGACCAAGUUUAGAAGCCCUGACAAGAUUUGGAAAUUGGUUUUCCAUGUCCCCACAUGA